AUGUCUUUUGGAGCACAAAAUGGAAUUAAGGUAAAAUUUAUACAGAAACCUUUACUAGAUACACAAAUUAAGUAUAAAGGAGAAGAGACAAGGGAAAACAUAGAAAAAUUAAAAAAUUAUGUUGCUAGAUAUGAAAGCACACAAUCGAUGGAUGAAAUCGAUAAAGAAUGUGAAAUAAUUGAAAAGACCUUAAAAGAUCUUGAAAAAUUUCCCGUGAAAAAUCCUGCAGACAGAGCUGAAAAAGAAAGGCUAUUUAAAGGCUAUUCCAUGGAGUUUGAAUCAAUCUUGCAAUCAUUCCAAGCAGAAAACUUUAAUCAAAAGCAAACACAAGUACAAAAAAUCGACACUUUUACUGAAGAGCUCCGAAAAGAGCAAAGGCUGCAUGCCCAAGUAAUUGAAAACCGAAUGAAAGAAGCCCGCGAUAUAAUGAAAGGCUUCUCUGAAAUUGUAAGCGAGCAAGGGAUUAUGCUUGAUACAAUCGAAACAGAUGUCGGAAAUGCUGAAAAAUACACUGGAAAGGGUGUAGAUGAGCUAUAUAAAACAGACGCCAAACAAAGGCGCAAAAAGAACUGUUGCAAAGUUCUAUUAGUGAUGACAGCGCUAGCAGUCGCAAUUUUAGUAAUCGUUGUUUGUAUCAUGAAGCUUUAA